AGGCUGAUGUGAGUGACUGAGCGUGCGGGCGGCGUAGGCUUCUCCACAGAUGCUCUCUCCAGCGCCUUACACAAUUCGCUGGUGACGAAAUCACCCUGCUCAGCUUUCGCACUUGUAACCAUCCAGUUGAUGAGGAGGCGAGCUCAAUCUUCCCCUACGCGUAUCCAAGGACCUGGCCGUUUCCCCGCAUUGAUAAAUCGAGAGUUAUCCCGAGGAGUUUAUCAUGACAGCGACCAAGGAGCAGCCGAAUCAGAGGCAGAAUCAACCCCAACAGGAUGAGGACCUUGGUGGGGUGAGUCCACCUCAAAGGAAUUGGAAGGGCAUUGCAAUUGCCUUACUGGUCAUCCUCGUAGUCUGCUCCCUCAUCACCAUGUCAGUCAUCGUCCUCACACCAGCUGACAACCAAGCUGGAAGUGACACCAAACUGACUGUGGAGGAUCUCUUUAAACCAGAGUUCAAGGUCCAUGACCCAAAGGCUAAUUGGAUCAAUGAUUCCGAAGUCAUUUACAGGAACAGUGAUGGCCAUGUCAUCAAGUUCAACAUCCUCUCAAACGAAACAGAGAUUGUCGUGUCAAACACAACAUUUAUAAAUUUCAAUGUGGCCAAGUAUUCUGUGUCCCCUGAUUUGAAGUACGUGCUUUUUGCCUAUGAUGUCAAACAGGUUUACAGACAUUCAUACAUGGCUUCCUAUAGCAUCUAUAAUAUUCACACCAGGGAGGUUUGGGAGCUGGACCCUCCAGAGGUGGUCAACUCAGUCCUGCAGUACGCGGCAUGGGGAGUGCAAGGCCAGCAGUUGAUCUACAUUUUUGAAAAUAACAUCUACUAUCAGUCGGAUGUUAAAAGUAAUUCACUUAGGCUGACAUCCUCAGGAAAGGACGGGGUCAUAUUUAAUGGGAUUGCUGACUGGCUUUAUGAAGAGGAAAUUCUUCAGUCCCAUGUGGCACAUUGGUGGUCACCAGAUGGAGAGAGAUUGGCCUUCCUAGUCCUUAAUGACAGUCAGGUUCCCAACAUGGCUUUGCCUCGAUUCACAGGCAUGACCUACCCCAAAGGAAAACAGUAUCCAUACCCCAAAGCUGGCCAACCUAAUCCAGUGGUGAAGCUUUUUGUCGUCAAUCUUUACGGACCGACGCACACGCUGGAGCUCAUGCCGCCAGACAGUCUUAAACUACGGGACCAUUAUGUGACGAUGGUGAAAUGGAUCAGUAAGACCCACACAUCUGUCAGAUGGUUAAACCGAGCCCAGAAUAUCUCCAUUCUAACAGUGUGUGACACCACUACAGGAGCCUGUGUCACGAGACAUGAAGAAAACUCUGAACUCUGGCUCUCCAAACAGAACCAAGAGCCAGUGUUCUCUAAAGACAACAAAAGAUUCUUCCUGACUGUUCCAGUUAAACAAGGAGGUCGUGGAGAGUUUCAUCAUAUCGCUAUGUUCACCACUCAGUUUAGAACGGAUGAAAAUGAAGUCCGUCAUCUAACAUCAGGCAACUGGGAGGUGACGAAGAUCCUUGGCUAUGAUGAAAAAACUGACAACCUUUACUUUCUCAGUACGGAGGGUUCACCACGAAGACGGCAACUUUACAGUGUGAAAACUGUAGGACUGUUCCCACGACGGUGUUUAACAUGCGACCUAAACAAGGCACAUUGUUUGUACUUUGAUGCUGUCCUAAGCCCCACGCACCAGCACAUUAUCCUCCACUGUAAAGGUCCUGGAACGCCUAUGGUGAUCCUACACAGCCUCAAUAGUUCAAAUUACUAUAUUCUUGAGAACAACUCCUUACUGAAGGCAGCCUUGAGCUAUAAAAGGAUCCAGCUGACCGACUUCAAGAGCGUUUCAGUCGGACAUUUCGAUUUACCUCUGAAAAUCUCAUAUCCACCUGACUUCUCGGAAUCACGUCACUAUGGGCUUCUCCUGGUAAUUGAUAGCUUCCCUGGUGGUCAAGCAGUAAGUGACCGCUUUGCUCUCAGCUGGGACUCAGUGCUGGUCAGCUCAGACAACGUUAUUGUGGCUCGUCUCGAUGGGCGGGGGAGCGGCUUCCAAGGUCAGAGGGUCCUGCAUGAGGUUCACCAGAGACUGGGCACAGUGGAUGUUCAGGACCAAAUAACUGCGGUGGACUACAUGAUGACCUUCCCAUUUAUUGAUAAGACUCGAAUAGCACUUUUUGGAAAGGGUUAUGGAGCCUACAUUGCAUUAAUGCUACUGAAGUCUACAGAUAGUGUCUUCAAAUGUGCAUGUGCAAUGUCACCUAUGACAGAUUUGAAACUUUAUGCAUCAGCCUUCUCGGAGCGAUACCUUGGCACGCUUCUACGAGAUGAUAGCAAAUACCAGUUCUCCAGUGUGCUGCAGAAUGUUCACGCACUAAGAGAGCAGACCCUGAUGCUGGUACACGGCACAGCAGAUGCCAACAUCCACUUUCAACACACUGCUGAGCUUGUCAAGAACCUUGUGAAAGUUGGAGCAAACUACUCAAUGCAGCUCUAUCCGGACGAGGGCCAUUUCCUGUCACAUCAAAGCAACCAGCACCUGUACACCACUCUUACUAGCUUCUACAGGGAGUGUCUGAAGGAGGAGUUACUGCCACUAAAUGAUGAUGAAGAUGAAGAGGAGGAGUAGGCAGACAGCCUUUUUUGUAUUUGGACGACGUGUUAGACACACAUGGACAGUAUAGUUUAGAGCUGCUCAUGCGCUUAAUUGUGUGUGAAUGCACAUGUGUUAUGAAGACUAUUUAUGGACACCUAUGAUAAAAGUGACACUUUUUACUGUGGGACUUGAGGUAGGAAAUGGCCUCUAUAAUGAUUUCAGUUCCACUGCAAUUAUUGGCAAAGCACACUGAACACUGUCCCAGUCUUUUGCGAGACCUCCUGUCAUGCUUGUGGUCAUUCUGCAUUAUAUCAGUGCACGGUUCUGUUUUCCUUUAUGACCUUCAUUCCCCUCAUUCUUGUCUCUUGUUGUAACAACCGGGAGGACAUAGCUUUUUAUCUUACCUUUUCUAUGUGCAAUUGCAACAUCCACUAAAGUAUCUGGUGAAAGGUUUCACAGUUUUUAGCCAGGAGCUAAAAUGUGCCUAUUCUUGCUCCAUCUACUUGCAAAAAAAAAAAAAAAAAAUUAGAAAGAUAUGGCAAGGAAGUUGAUACAAUCUAUCAAUUGAAAACUUCCAAGUCUAUCAAUGCCAUUCUUGAAUAGCUUGAUGUUUUAUUUAAUCUUAAUAUACUGUAAAACCUCAUCAAUAAGCAAGGAUUUCCCAUAAUUAAUUUUGAUUGCAAUGUUUAACACUCGUCAAGACAUUUCAAGUGACCUGCCAGGUGUUCUUACGCCACAAUUUCCAAUUGUCCUAAAAGUGCACCAAGGUGUGAGUAUCGAGCAUUGAGGAGGUUCCGCUGGGUAUUUUAAAGCAUCUGAUGCACCCUAUGUAGAAGACUUUUAACUUCCCAACUACGAAAACGGACUUCUACCAGCUGGAUAGUAAAAUUACUUGCUUCUGUCACUCCUUGAUCAUGUUAGUUAGGCUAUACAAAAGACCCAAAUGUGAAUAGUAAAAAUGUCCAAAUAAUUGAAAACUAUUUGAAAUGUAAUGAAUUCUUUUUGAAAACCCUAAUAUGGAUAGGAGGAAGAAAAGAGGUCAAUGCGAAGAUUCGGACCACAAAUACAGUGGUAUGAAAAAGUAUCUGAACCUUUUGGAAUUUCUCACAAUUGUGCAUGAAAAUCACCAUCAAAUGUGAUCUGAUCUUUGUCAAAAUCACACAGAUGUAAAAACAGUGUCUGCUUUAAUUAAAACCACCCAAACAGAAGGGGGAAAAAUAAGUAAGUGAACCAUCUGCCUAAGGAGACUUAAUGAACAAUUGAAACCAAUUUUCACCAAACAAUUUGUUGGUGUGUGCCCAAUCACUGAUGAGUGGUUAAAAUCUGCCCUGCCCACUAUAAAACACAUACCUGGUAAGAACUGUCUUGAUGAGAACCAUUGUCUGAUGUGCAUCAUGGCUCGGUCAAAAGAGCUGUCUGAAGACCUGCGAUCAAGGAUAGUUGAUUUGUAUAAAGCUGGGAAAGGAUACAAAACUAUCGCUAAAAGUCUGGAUGUUCAUCAAUCGACAUUCAGAGAAAUUGUCUACAAAUGGAGGGGGUGUGGAACUUUUGCUUCGCUCCCACGGAGUUGCCGUCCACCAAAAAUGAAUACUCAGAAUACUCAGAGAGGUAAAAAAGAACCCUAGAGUGUUUGCUAAAGACUUACAGAAAUCCCUGGAACAGUCCAAUAUCUCUGUGCACACAUCAACUAUAUGUAAAACUAUGGCCAAGAAUGGUGUUCAUGGGAGGACUCCACGGAGGAAGCCACUGCCGUCUAAAAAAACAUUGUUGCUCCUUUAAUGUUCGCAAAAAGGCACUUGGACACUCCACAGACGUUUUGGAAAAAUAUUUUGUAGGACUGAUGAAACCAAAGUUGAAUUAUUUGGGAGUAACACACAAUGUCAUAUGCGGAGGAAAAAUAGAACAGCUCAUCAACAUCAACACCUCAUCGCUACCGUGAAGCAUGGUGAAGGGAGCAUCAUAAUUUGAGGCUGUUUUGCUCCCCGGGGCCUGGACAACUUCCAAUCAUUAAAUGAAAAACAAAUUUAAAAGUUUAUUAGGAUGUUUUGCAGGAUAACCUGAGGCCGUCUAUCAGACAGUUGAAGCUAAAAAGAGGAUGGAUGCUGCAACAAGACAAUGAUCCAAAACACAGGAGAACCCCAUUAAGAUGCUGUGGCAUGACCUAAAGACAGUGAUUCAUGCCAGACAUCCCAGGAAUCUGACUGAACUACAGCAGUUUUGUAGAGAAGAAUGGGCCAAGAUUAGUCCUGAUCGAUGUGCUAGACUGAUCUGCAGCUACAGGAAGCAUCAAGUUAUUACUCUCAAAAGGGGGCGGAGGGGGGCACAAAAUAUUGUGAUGGUUCACUUACUUAUUUUCCCCCUUUUGUCAUUGUUUGCAUACUAUCCUCAUUAAAAUAUGAAAACCUAUAAAUGUUUGGGUGGUUUUAGUUAAAGCAGACACUGUUUUUUCAUCUGUGUGACUUUGACAAAGAUUUCAUGGUGAUUUUAUGAAGAAAUGUGAGAAGGUUCCAAAAGGUUCAGAUACUUUUUCAUAACACUGUAUGUGUGUUUGUCAUACAUCUUGAUAAAUGUUUUAUUUUCGGCAGGAUUUACAAAUACAGUGUACCUCGACAUACGAUCGCGUCGACAUACAAUUCUUUCGACAUCCGACGUAACAUUUAACUCAUCAUUCGUCUCGACAUAUGACAACAUGCUCGAAAUACGACGAUUUACGGUGCACUGCAGAUUUUUUUUGUGUUGAAAAAAAGGAGAAGGGUGACGUUUAGCAUUAAGAUGGAAAUGAGAAAAAUAUGAGCGUGGUAUGCGUGUCAGUGAAUUGGACAAUAUAUUCGACAAUAUAUAUGUCUGCGAUCUCGAUGGUCCUCCGAAGACCUCCAUUUACCAGUCUUUAUAGGUUAAGGUGACAUUUAUUUUUGUUGUAACAUCGGCAAGGAAGUGACCAGCUUCGUCAGGUAUUUAAUCAUUUAUUUGACAGCUUGUGCAACACGACUACUGUCCGCCGUAGCCGACGGUAACAACAACAGAACAUGAAUAGUUAAAGUAAAAACUCUUAACGCACCUCUCUCACUCUGUCGUCAGUCACACGGUGCGUUCAGGAACAGCGUGCAAAACACAACCGCCAAAUUAGAAACUGUGUUAGAAACUCAAUUUUGGAAUUGUAUUUAUAAUUUAUUUGUUUUGCUAUGUGUAAUUGCUAAUUGCAGUUCUACGAAUUAAUCGAAUUAUAAUGCAUUCUUAUGAGCAAAUCCCACUCGACAUACGACUAUUUCGGACUAACAAACAAGAUCCUGGAACGAAUUAAAAAAUUUUAUGUAGCGGUCCCGCUGUACUGAAUUUACUUAAGACACUAGUUUGAGAUUACUUAGUCAACCAUUUAUUUUUAAGGUUUUUUCUGAUGACGCUGAUAUUUUGUCAAAUGCAUCGGGCCAUAAAGAAAAGAAAAAAAAAACGCUUUUAUUAUUCUACUCUUUUUAAAAAUUAUUUGACGGAAAUUUAUUUAAUGUAAAUCAUCAGUAACAUACAGAGUGUAGGUCUUAGUGCACAAAUCUUAAGACAGUUGUUUUCAUUUUCUUUACAUGACAUUCCUAAAGUCGUACACGUGCGUACAGGAAUGAUAAUUACAGUCACAUCAUGCGCUGAGUAAAUCUGACCCUCGUGAAGAAAUACCACUACAAAAGACAUCACAAGCAGCCUAAACAUUAUUAUUCAACUCUAUGAAAGAGGGACAUUUUAUCUGUCCUUGACCGUUUCCCUGAUUGACUGUCUGUCUGUUACCACCUUAAAGAUUAGCUUUAAGGCUAUUUAUUUUUCUCUAGCAUUGAAGUUCUUCAUUAUCCUCUCUCGGCCAGCUCAUGAGAAAUACUUUCAAACAAUUACCUGUUAUGUUGGGAUCCCUCAAGUCACCUUUGAGUUGUUUCAUCCCCCCAAAUACUUUUGAACUGAAUCACUUUGAUGUCCCUCGACUGCACACCCAUGGUGCUAUGCUGUCCUCUCACUAUCUUAGGCUACUUGUGGCAUAGCAAUACAACUUGACUUAAUGGUCCCAUAAAUUCCCAUUUUGGGUUAAUGCGUUGUUCAGACCUUCCAAAAUAUGUAGCCCAUGUCAUAUUUAAAAUCAUACACGUUCAGACUGUCAUAAAAGGACCUCACUCGAGUCAGUCACAGGCGAAAAGAUCCAAUUUCGGUCACUUCAGGCUGUGGUCUGCACGUAUCCAAACAGUGUUGAUCAUAUUUGACUUUAAUUUAGUCCAAACUUUAAUAUAAAGCAUAAAGUAGACAAAUGUGCUGAUGAGAAGUGUCUUAACUCAACAUCCAUUAAUGGCGUGACAUUUUCAAUUGCUGUUUCCAUAAAAUAACAUCACUGAGUUUGCACUUCUGCAAACUUUUGUCCCUCACUCCUCUGUUAGUUUCUUCGAUGAAACUUCUGCCAGGAGGAUAUCACUUGUAAACAGAAGAGCGAGGACAUAAUAAGUUGAAAAUAUAUAAAUACAGAUAGUCCCCGGGUGACGAACGAGUUCCGUUCUUCUGCUAGCGAUGUAACCCCAAUUUCCGCUUAAGUCGGAAUUAACCCUUUAAGUACCCCUAAUUACCCCCUCUCAAAAUAACUAUCCAAAAAAUGUAUUAUACGUCAACAAGAUAAAGUAAAAAAAAUAAGAUAUUAUUUCCCUCUGGUAACACUGAUCACGCCAUAGUCCUUACAACUGAAAUUUAUUAAUUCUCACCGUCAAAACUAUGAACAUAUUACAGUAUUUAAAAAAUAAAUAAAAUUAAAAAAAAUACAAUAAUCACAAUGAGCGUACAAUAAUGUUUUAAAGGAAAACAAUCGAGACAUAUUUGCUUACAAAAACGUACCUUAAUCGCUGCACAAUAAUAGCGGGGGAAAUAAGGUUAAAAUCUUGGGCAAAUCAACAAGGAAAAGGGCAGCUAUUAGUGGCACUGGUCCAGUGGUGAAGACGAACGCUGCUCAAUAAGCUAGUGGGCUAAUAGCGAGCUAACGGGAGGGCAUCGCAGAGCCUGCGCCGUUUCCCGUUUCUCUGCAUUCUUAAAAUGUUAAUUGGCAUUCACCCCCACUUCCCAAUGUGAAAGCAACGCUCGAAGCUAAUAGAAAAUAGCGCUGGCGUAACAUCAAGUCCGAGAGUAACAAAGGAAAGCGGACCACACAUACUGCAUACUUUCGUAUAAUGAAAUGCCAGCUAUGUAUACUAAUUACUUUAGAGAUCAACCAUUUAGAUUAAUUGGACCUAAUAUAUAACAAAAUUGAAUGACAUAAUAUACUGUACUUACCAUCAAUGCUGAGAGUUGGCGGAAAAGACCAAAAAAAAAAAAAAAAAAAAAAAAAAACGACUGAAGAAAACAACAGCGGAUGAGACAUGCGUCGUAAAGUCGAAAUCACAUACGUUGGGUACAUCGUCACCCGGAGACUAUCUGUAUGUUGACCCCAGGGGUGGAACUUAGGGGGAUGCCAGGGUUUGUGACUGCACCCAGGCCUGAGUCUCUAUGGCUACGUUCAUGCCGCAGGUCUUAAUGCACAAUUUUUUUGUCAUAUCUGAUUUUUUGGCGUGCCUGUUCAGACUGCCUUUGUCCAUUGAGCCCAUUCAAGUAUCACGCAUGCGCACUAAUUCGCAGUCCGAGACACACUGAGCAACUGACCCUCAUACGCAGGAGCAUCAAAACAAAUGACUACACAUGACACACACACACACACGAGGACAGUUUGCCCCAACUCCCGGCCGUGUAAGCAAUCUUGAAAUAUUGCUCAUUUGGAGCAAAGAGAAAACUGAGUAUUCUCAGGCUUAUCCUCAACCCAUUAUAUCUUUUAUGACGUUUGUCAAGCCCGCUCCUUCCCCAAAAGCCCGUUCAAACUAGGAGCUAACGCUAAUGCACAGCUGCAAUGCAAUCGUAGCACCCAGUCUCUCUCGCUCUUUUAUGAAGUAAUUGCUGCAUGAAUUCCGAUUUGGGAGACUUGACAGUUCAGACCGCCGCCACAUUCUGGAAAAAUGUGGCCCAGAUCGUAUUUAAUCCACAUACGAUAGUGACCCAGAUCAGAUUUGAAAUGGUCCACUUCUAUGCAACUUUUCACGUACAGACAGUCAAGUUAAUGCCUCACUUGAGUCAGAAAAACACGAAAAAACAUGAUUCGUUCAGUAAGACCUGUGCAGAUCUUGAUGCACAAAUCGAAUGUUUUAUCAGCUGUCUUUUUUGGCGUGCCCGUUCAGACUGCCUUUGUCCAUUGUGCCCGUUCAACUAUCACGCAUGCGCACUAAUUAGCAGUCCGAAAUGCGCUGAGGAAAUCGACCCGCAUGCGUAGGACCAUCAAAACAAAUGACCACACGUGCUGGCUCAACGUCAUUCAAAGGUGAUCAUAUUUUGAUUUCAAAAAAGGAGACACAAAUAACAGACAUAAAAAAUCCCCGUUUAAUCAUAUAUUCAAAGUUUAUAUGGAUCGAUAGUAUGCACACACUGUCCGUGCAUUACACACAUACGGACAGUUUGCCUCAACUCUCGGCGGUGUAAGCAAUCUUAGAAUAUUGCUCAUAUGGAGCAGAGAGAAAACCGGCUUAUCCUCAACCUAUUUUAUUUUUUCAUGACUGUUGUCAAGCCCGACCCUUCCCCAAAAGCUGUGUUCAAGGUAAGCUAGGCGCGAACGCAAAGCUGCACCGUGACAGUAGCGCCCUGUCUCUGUCGGUCUUUGAUGCGUAAUUGCUGCAUGAAUUCCGAUUUGGGAGACUUGACAGUUCAGACCGCCGCCACAUUCUGGAAAAAUCUGGCCCAGAUCGGAUUUAAACCACAUACAAAAGUGACCCAGAUCGGAUUUGAAAUGGUCCACUUCUAUUCGACUUGUCACGUUCAGACCGUCAAGUUAAUGCCUCACUCGAGUGGAAAAAAAUCGGAUUCGUGCAUUAAGACCUGCGGUAUGAACCUAGCCUAAGAGACAUCGUUUGCGGGUGAAAAGUGGGAAUGGUUGGGAGAGGGGAGGGUGAAACAGAAAGGUAAGAUGUGUGAAGCUCUAAUAUAGUGUUUAAGAGUUAAAAUAUCUUUGCCAGCCUCCCUGCUUGGCCGGUUGUCUAGAAAAUUUCAACUUGCACCCACCACACACAGCAGACAAUCGUGGAGAGACGCCUGUAAAUAAUUGUCUCCUAGCACCGCCCUUAACAUUGGACAGUCCACUCAUUGGGUCCCAUUUAUGCUCAUCGCACCCAGGGCCAAUUCACAUUUGUUCCGCCAAUGGUCAACUCCAAUGUAUUUUUCAUCAGAUAUUUCAUUAAAUCCUCACGAGAAGAGGCUGAACGUAUGUAGUAGUGCACAGAAAAUGCUCCCUGGCCACACUGAUUCUAAAUAAGUGCAAUUCCUACUGUAAUCCUCCACUAUUGCUUUUUACAUAAAAAGAUUUUCUCUAUGUAACAUUUAUUGUAUUGCACAGGGUUUAUUUUUGUAUGUGUGUAGGCAUGCACAAUGCCAUAUGAGGUUCAACAUAAUGUAAUAUACCUUUCUGGUGGUUGAAGUUUUGCUUAAGCAGUUCUCACGUAAAUUGAUAUCAACUCAGGUUUUUGAAAAAUAGACACAAUUUAGGAUCUCAAAGAUAAAUUUCUCAGUCUACUGUAUGGUUUUCGAUUAAGUAUAUGAAGAUAAUAAAUACAGUAAUAUCCAUUUCAGAAUAUAUAUUAUUCACUGCUAAUACAGGCACACUGUCAUCUCAUAAGUAUUCUUUUCCCUUUUAGGAUAUUCUCCAAAGACCUGAUGUUUGAAAGUUUAUGAAAGUAGAAGUUAUGAAAUGGACAUUUUUUAAGUAUCAAUAAGGUGUUUGCAUGUCUUCAAAGAAUGUGUCAGGUUUUGACUCAUUUUGUACAGUACAGUACAGCAAAGUGUGUACAUAAAUAUAUUUUUGAGGUGUCUCGUAGAAUGUUGAGUCUGAAGGGAAUUCAUUGAUUUGAAUUUGAUGUGCUGUACGGUUUUAUUUCCAUUGUUUUCUCUUUACUAUUAAUUUUCAUAGAAUGGAUUUUGUAAUACUUGGUCUUUUUUUCCCCUCACCAUUUAAAAAAAGGGAAAUGACAGGGCCAUGGUUGGGGGUUAUUGUGAUUGUCAACUAGCAAUGGGUAUAGAUAAAUAAAAAAACAUGAAUAAACACCAAAGUGCAAUGAUGCCCAUUGAUUCCAACUGUAUGCUUACUCCUUGUGUAUGUCCUUCAAUCAGGUUCCCUUUUGUCUCUUGUGUUCCCCAGGUAUGGCUUGAUGCAUUGUUACAUUCUCAGUGUAUAUUUGCUCCUAUGUUUCCUUUUGUGUUUGUCGAGUUAUUGUCCCUGUUUUGUCUCGACCUCGUUCUGUGCUCCGUCCUGGUCCCCCUCAUAAGUUCCCAUUUGAUUUUGGUUUGCACUUAUGUCAUUCUGUUUGCACGUAGAAUUUUUGUAAGAUUGCUUUUGUUAAUAAAAUUCAUUUUUGAGUUUCACACCUCUUCCCCUGCCUUGCCUUCUUAAAUCCCUGUACUUGGGUCCACCCUGACUCCUUUCUCAUUUGCUUGCCAAUCAAAGUUGACAAAAGACCUGAUACAUAUGGACCAAGUAGGUAAACA